UCGUUUAAAGCUUGAUUCCUAGAGAUGGCUAAGGGUAAGAUUAGAGCGAAGAUCAGGCGGAGUCAGCUCUAUACGUUUGCAUGCGGGAAAAGGUGUGCUGGAGCAGGUCCACAUCCUAUAGAAGGGCCUGGAUGCUCCAGAGUGGUGCAUUGCAACCAACCUCACAUGCAUAGGAAAAAACCUUUAAAGUAUCGAUCGAAUUACAUAUCGACAACUAAGUAUAAUUUUCUCACUUUCUUACCGAAAUCUUUGUAUGAACAAUUCCACCGAGUUGCCAAUUUGUACUUCCUUGCAGCUGCAAUUCUUUCACUUACACCCCUUUCACCGUUUUCUGCCGUGAGCAUGAUUGCUCCCUUGGCCUUUGUUGUAGGGCUUAGCAUGGCAAAAGAAGGUUUGGAGGAUUGGAAAAGGUUUAUGCAAGAUAUGAAUGUUAAUAGUCGGAAAAUACAGUUUCAUAAAGAGGAGGGAGUUUUUGAUAAUAAGCAGUGGCAGCAACUUGAGGUUGGAGAUGUGGUGAAAGUGGAGAAGGAUAAUUUUUUUCCAGCAGAUUUGCUACUCUUGUCAACAAGUUAUGAGGACGGAAUUUGCUAUGUGGAGACUAUGAAUUUAGAUGGUGAGACAAACUUAAAGGUAAAGAGAGCUAUGGAGGUAACAUUGUCUUUGAAUGAAGAUGAGAUUUUCAAGAACUUCACAGGAAUGAUUAAAUGUGAAGAUCCCAACCCUAGCCUUUACACCUUUGUUGGUAAUUUAGAAUAUUGUCGUCAAACUUAUGCUCUUGAACCUGGCCAAAUUCUCCUUAGAGAUUCGAAGCUUCGCAAUACAAGUUAUGUCUAUGGGGUUGUGAUUUUCACCGGUUUUGAUACCAAAGUCAUGCAGAAUUCCACCAAGUCCCCAUCAAAGAGGAGCAGAAUAGAAAAGAAAAUGGAUUACAUAAUAUAUGUUCUUUUUAGCCUUCUUCUGGUAAUCUCAUUGAUCAGUUCUUUAGCUUUCGCUUGGAAAAUAAGGUUCCAAAUGCCAAAAUGGUGGUAUAUGCGGCCCGAUAAUACAGAGGAUUUUUAUAAUCCCCAACAGCCUUUAGUAUCAGGGCUUAGCCAUUUGGUCACUGCCCUCAUCCUUUAUGGUUAUUUAAUUCCUAUUUCACUUUAUGUUUCAAUUGAGGUGGUGAAGGUUAUGCAAGCAUCCUUUAUUAAUCAAGACUUACUAAUGUAUGAUGAUGAUACUGGGAUUCCUGCUCAAGCUCGGACAUCAAAUCUAAAUGAAGAGUUGGGCCAAGUGGAUACAAUCCUUUCUGAUAAAACAGGCACUUUGACAUGCAAUCAGAUGGAUUUUCUCAAAUGUUCCAUUGCUGGUACUGCAUAUGGUGUGCGUGCUAGUGACGUUGAACGUGCUGCUGCACAACAGAUGGCUAGUGACCUUGCGCAGGACGAAACAAAAUCAUCUACUUCAAGUAAAAGUGGCAAACUAGAUAUUGAAUUGGAGACUGUUGUUACUUCCAAAGAUGAAAACGUUCAUAAACCUACCAUAAAAUUUUUCAGCUUUGAGGAUGGCCGCAUGACGGAAGGGAACUGGAGAAACGAGCCUAACACCGAUAUGAUUAUGUUAUUUUGCCGAAUUCUGGCAGUUUGUCACACUGCUAUUCCUGAGCUGAAUGAAGAGACCGGCACUUAUACAUAUGAAGCGGAGUCACCUGAUGAAGGAGCAUUUCUUGUUGCAGCCAGGGAAUUUGGUUUUGAGUUUUAUAAAAGAACUCAAUCUAGUGUUUUUGUCCGUGAAAGAUAUUUAGCUUCUGGACCAACUGAGAGGGAGUACAAAAUUCUGAAUUUGUUGGAAUUUACUAGCAAAAGAAAGCGGAUGACAGUAAUUGUGAGGGAUGAAGAUGGACAGAUUAUUCUAAUGUGUAAAGGGGCUGACAGCAUUAUUUUCGACCGAUUAGCAAAGAAGGGAAAAUUGUAUCUGGAAGAUACUACUAAGCAUUUGAAUAAUUACGGAGAAGCUGGAUUGCGUACGUUGGCACUGGCUUAUAGAAAGCUUGAGGAGUCUGAGUAUUCUGCUUGGAACAAUGAAUUUCAGAAGGCAAAAACUUCUAUCGGGUCUGAUAGAGACAUAAUGCUUGAAAAGGUGGCAGAGAUGAUGGAGAAAGAUUUAAUUCUCGUGGGUGCUACUGCUGUUGAAGACAAAUUGCAAAAGGGGGUACCCCACUGUAUAGAUAAACUUGCACAAGCUGGCGUAAAGCUGUGGGUCUUGACAGGGGACAAGAUGGAAACUGCCAUAAAUAUAGGGUUUGCUUGCAGUCUGCUGAGAGAAGGCAUGAAGCAGAUCUGUAUUACAACACUCGAAUCGGACUCGAAAGAGGCAAUAAAGGAGAACAUAUUUAUGCAAAUUACCAAUGGUUCACAAAUGAUAAAACUAGACAAAGACCCGUAUGCUGCAUAUGCAUUGAUCAUUGACGGGAAGACUCUUGCAUAUGCCUUGGAGGAAGAUAUGAAGUUUAUGUUCUUAGGUUUAGCAGUUGAUUGUGCAUCUGUUAUAUGCUGUCGUGUAUCUCCAAAGCAGAAGGCACUAGUAACAAGAUUAGUAAAAGAAGGGACUGGUAGAGUGACUCUAGGAAUUGGUGAUGGGGCAAAUGAUGUUGGAAUGAUUCAAGAAGCUGACAUUGGAGUCGGCAUCAGUGGUGUAGAAGGUAUGCAGGCUGUAAUGGCUAGUGAUUUCUCUGUCUCCCAAUUCCGUUUCUUGGAAAGACUUCUCGUUGUUCAUGGACACUGGUGCUAUAAGAGGAUUUCACAGAUGGUCUGCUAUUUCUUCUACAAGAAUAUAGCAUUUGGCCUCACCCUCUUCUACUUCGAGGCAUUCACCGGCUUUUCUGGACAAUCAGUUUAUGACGACUUGUACAUGAUAUUAUUUAAUGUCGUUCUUACCUCAAUGCCUGUAAUUUCACUAGGAGUUUUUGAGCAAGAUGUUUCUUCCGACGUGUGCUUAGAGUUUCCCACAUUAUAUCAGCAAGGACCUAGAAACCUGUUUUUUGACUGGUAUAGGAUACUUGGGUGGAUGGGAAAUGGUCUAUAUUCCUCCAUCGUCAUUUUCUUCCUCAAUAUCGUCAUCUUCUAUGACCAAGCUUACCGUGUCGAAGGCCAGACUACCGACAUGGCUAUCUUGGGUACGAUAAUGUUCACUUGCAUCAUCUGUGCUGUCAAUUUCCAAAUCACUCUCAUAAUGACCCACUAUACAUGGAUCCAACAUGUCUUAAUCUGGCUCAGCGUUAUCGCUUGGUUCUUAUUUCUCUUCUUUUACGGCAUGUUAUCUCCAACAUAUUCGAAAAACGUGUUCCUAAUCCUCACAGAAGCCCUUGCCCCUGCACCCAUCUAUUGGACAACAACCCUCUUAGUUACAAUAGCUUGUACUCUUCCAUACCUUGCUCAUAUAUCUUUGCAAAGAUGUUUCCAGCCAAUGGAUCAUCAUAUCAUCCAAGAGAUGAAGUACUUGAAGAAAGAUGAGAAGGAUCAAGUCAUGUGGAAAAGGGAGAAAACAAAGGCGAGAGAGAAGACAAAGGUCGGAUUCACGGCCCGAGUUGAUGCAUACAUCAGCAGUCUUGGAGGGAAGUUGAAUCGAAAAACACGUUCGCUCGAAAAGAACCAAGAGAAUCCUUCAUAACAAUGCUCUUGAAUUUAGUUUCAUUUGAAGGUUUGC